AAAAACAAAUCUUAUCUAAGAAAUGUCGAAGAUGAUAAUAGUAGAGAAAUCUCAUCUCUUGAUGAUCUCUCUCGCCAUUGUUGUUGCUCUUGCCUUAACAACAGGCUCAAAUGGUCUCAACGUAAAGCAAAGCCAUCCUUCUUCUUUGCAUACCACCACAAAAACAAACCAACUCACUUACCAUGGAGGACCCCUCCUAACCAAUUCCGGUACCAUCAAUGUGUACCUCAUUUGGUACGGACAUAUUUCCCAAAAGGACAAAACCACCAUUACAGAUUUCUUUGCUUCCUUCAGCCCUUCAAGUGAUCUUUCCAUUUCAAGAAAACAACGACCACCAACCGUCUCAAAAUGGUGGAAAACAAUCCAAUCUUACAAGGACAAAGCCGGUAGCUCGGUCCCCGGUACCGUCAGGCUUGUCAAACAAAUCGGAGAUAAAUAUUCUUCAGGGAAGAACAUCAAGCGUGCCCAGAUAGCUGACUUGGUCCAAAACAAGAUAGAAACCAAUGUGCUGCCAUUUGACCCUAAUGGCAUAUACUUGGUUUUGACCUCUAGGGACGUCACCGUGGAGCGUUUUUGCAUGAGCUCUUGUGGUUUUCACGACACCAAAACCAUACCUACAAAGGGUUAUAAAGUGGUUUUUGGACAUGUUGGAGACGCUUCGUUGCAGUGCCCCGGUUUUUGUGCUUGGCCUUAUGCAGUACCCGCCUAUGGCCCGCCGUUCAAGCCCCUCGUAGCUCCUAAUAAUGUUGGCAUUGACGGCGUGGUCAUAAACAUCGCAACCGUCCUUGCCGGAGCUGCCACAAACCCCUUUAAGAAUGGCUACUACCAAGGAGAUGUUCAAGCGCCGCUUGAGGCUGUCACGGCUUGUUCAGGGAAAUUUGGCGAAGGAGCUUUUCCGGGAUUCCCUGGGAAGUUGCUGCUGGAUAAGGCGAGCAAUGCAAGUUACAAUGCUUACGGUGUUAACGGCCGGAAGUUCCUUCUUCCAGCAGUGUGGGACCCUGCCACGUUGAGUUGCAAGGUUGUUGUCUAAAGUUUGUGUUAUUCGGGUUCCAAGUGAAGAUAAAUCAUUAUGGGUCUGCAUAAAAUACGCAUACAACUAUCGCGGAAUAUUACAAUUUCAUAGUGAAUUUUGAGUCCAUAUGGUACUUAUAGAUAUUAGAAUAAAAUAUAGCAAAGAAAGUAGUCGUCUUUUCUAGUAGCAAAGUAUGAAGUUUAAGCAUUUAUGCAUGUCUUUAUGAAUGCAAAAAAAUAAAAAAAAUAAAAAAAAGUAAAUGGAUACAGUCUGUUUAUAGAUUGAUAUUGUAUAUCUAAUAAAUUCAAGCUUGCCUCUAAAUUUUGCUGCC